AACUGUGGCGGCGCUAGUUGUCAAAAUCAUACGUGAAAACAGUUGGCUCGCCAAGCAAAUAAGCCAUAAGCGAUUCUCAAUAAUAAAAGAUAAAGAAUAACCAUGGACAGUGAUCAAUUUGGGAAGAGGAAUACUGAUUCUCAGUUCAUAUCGUUCCAAGAUUUUUCACCGAUAAAUAGGCCAGGAGCUGGCCAGGCACAACUGGAUCUUGGCACACCCAACCAUCAACAGUUCAUCAAUACCCAACAAUACUCCAAUGAUUCCACCACUCCUGGAAUAAUGGAUGAGUUGCGUGGACUUCCCCAGCAAAAAGAAGAAAAUAGCACCUCAAGGAACUUUUGGACAAUCGAAUAUUACCAGAAGUUCUUCAACGUCAACACGAAUGAUGUUUUCCAACGAAUCAAGAAGUCAAUGAUUCCACAUGGACCCGAUAAUUACUUAUUAUCCCACAUACGACCCAAUCCCGACCUAUAUGGACCAUUUUGGAUCUGUGUCACUCUGAUAUUUGCCAUUGCUGUCAGCGGAAAUCUAGCGAAUUAUCUGCAAUCUGCUUAUACUGGCCAACAUCACUGGAGAUACGAGUUUCAUAUGGUAUCAUAUGCAGCCACGUGCAUAUGCCUGUAUGUGUGGCUAGUACCCAUGGGGCUCUGGGCUGCUGUCAAGUGGACUCAUGAACCCAGCGAUACUAGUCUAGAUGCUGAAUUAAUUGAGUCCAAUGAACCCCCAGGACUUCUGGAGCUUUUGUGCCUUUAUGGAUAUUCCUUGUCCAUUUACAUUCCAACGGCCUUUCUAUGGACAAUUCAGAUUGGUUCGCUCCAGUGGAUACUCGUUGGGGUUGCAGCAAUUCUCUCUGGGGGAGUCCUAUUGCGCUCCCUGAUGCCUUUAAUAACUGGAAAACAAAAACCUAUUUACGUUGCUGUGAUCCUGGGUAUGCAUCUACUGCUGGCCACUGGUUUCAUGUUAUAUUUCUUCCACGUGCCGAAAAUUGCAGUGGAUUCAGUCCCCAUUCCAGAGAGUACAACAGCAAUGGCCCACAAAAUUGUAAAUGCCUCAAAUCCUAUCAAAAAUCUAACGAAUUCAUCGUGAAUAUUCUCAGUUAAAGAUUUUCAAUUGUAAGAUUCCCCGGAUGAAAUAAUUUAAUAGAACCCCUUGGCGAUUACUCAACACACUUCUACUGAGAUAUUUUCUAUUGAACGUUUCAGUAGAACCGAUCAGAAGCUAAUCGAAUGUUCAAUAGAAUCUCAGCCAAAUCGUGCAGAGUUCGCUGGAUCUUUCUUUUAUAUUUUUUCAUCGGUGUCAUUAACUAUUUGUCUAAUUUAAUUGAUCAAAAAGACUUAUUGUAUGUUGGUGUGAUGAAGAUCUAUUAAAUAAAUAAAUUGAAUUCA